GGUGUACAAAACAAACGUCACAAACUGAUAAAAAGAAAGAGUUAAAUCUGAUUGUGCUUUCCUUCUCUAUUAUUUUCGUGUUACACCGACAUGGCAGGAGGAACAUGUUGCAGAUGGUUCAAACAUCCUCGUAUGCGUUUCCUCUUGCCAAAAGAACAACAAUGUCCACCCUUGUUGGACUUGUGCAUCCGCAAAAUAACUCAGGAGAUAGAGAUACAUAAACAUCACACGUUUUCUGCACUCCCACCAGACUUGUGUCAGCGAAUUUUCAACGAAUUGGUGUUUUCCUCCUGUUUUCUCACACCCGCUUCCCUCCAAGCCUUUCUAGAUUGUGCCCUCCAGGAUAUUUACUUGGGAGAAUAUGAUGGGGCUGCUGUUGAUGAUGCAUGGAUGGAGGUCAUCUCAUCACAGGGGUCAUCUUUACUUCAUCUGGAUCUUUCUGGUUCUGAUGUCACUGAUCAUGGCCUCACCUAUCUCAAAGAUUGCAAAAAUAUCAUCUCUUUAAAUUUUAAUCACUGUCACCAAAUUUCAGAUCGAGGGCUGGAGUGCAUCAGUGGACUCUCCAACUUGGCAUGUUUAAGUUUUAGAAGGAACGAUUCGAUAUCUGCUCAAGGGUUGAAUACCUUUUCUGGUCUUGUUAACUUGGUCAAGUUGGAUUUGGAGAAAUGUUCUGGGAUUCAUGGAGGCCUUGUUCAUCUUCAAGGUUUGACCAGGUUGGAAUCUCUCAACAUAAAGUGGUGUAAUUGCAUAGUAGAUGUUGAUAUGAAGCCUCUGUCAGAGCUUACAAACUUGAAAAUCCUAGAGAUUUCCUUCAGUAAAGUCACAGAUUUUGGCAUCAGUUUUCUGAAAGGAUUACGAAAGCUAGCUUUGUUAAAUUUGGAAGGGUGCCAUGUAACAGCUGCAUGUUUGGAUUCUCUUGCAGAGCUUCCUUCCCUGUCAAACUUGAAUCUUAGUAGAUGUAAUCUUUCUAACGAUGGAUGUGAACAGUUUUCACGACUGGAAAAUUUGGAAGUAUUAAACUUGGGAUUUAAUAACGUAACUGACGCAUGUUUAGCACCCUUGAAAGGUGAUUUGAAAUGUGAACCCCAUUCUCUCUCUCUCUCCACGAUUUUGAAACGAUUGACAAAGUUGAAGAGCUUGAACCUGGAUUCAUGUUGGAUUGAAGAUGAAGGAUUGGUCCACCUAGCAGGCCAUCAGCAACUGAAUUGCUUGGAACUCUCUGAUACGGGAAUUGGAAGUGAUGGACUACACUAUUUAUCAGGACUGUCUAGUCUGGAGAAAUUAAACCUGUCAUUCACUAUGGUUAAUGAUAGUGGUUUAAGCAAAUUGUGUGGACUCUCAUCUCUUAAGUCACUAAAUUUGGAUGCUCGCCAAGUUACAGAUACUGGAUUGGCAUCCCUAACAAGUUUGACUGGGCUUACAGAACUGGAUUUGUUUGGAGCACGGAUAACAGAUUUUGGAACAAACUAUUUAAAAUGUUUCAAGAACCUAAGGUUGCUGGAAAUAUGCGGUGGAGAAUUGACUGAUGACGGUGUUAAAAAUAUCAAAGAGCUUUCAUCUCUGACGUGCUUAAAUUUAUCACAAAACUGCAACCUUUCAGACACUACCCUGGAGUUAAUUUCUGGGCUUACUGGUUUGAUUUCUUUGAAUAUUUCAAAUUCUGGUAUCACAAAUGCUGGGCUGAAGCAUUUGAAAACACUCAAGAACUUGAGGUCUCUAUCAUUGGAGUCUUGUAAGGUGACAGCAAAUGACAUUAGAAAACUUCAAUCAACCGACCUCCCCAAUUUGGUAAUCUUUCGGCCCCAGUAAUUUGGGACAUAUUUGGAUAUGUUGUAAUCUAUAUAAUGAACAGUGCCGGCCCCGAGUUUUUUUUAAGGUGGACAAGCCAAAAAAAAAAUAAUGCUCUCAAUUAUUUAAGUAUUAUCCUUUUAUUUUUAUU